AUGCGUUUAGCUUUUCCAUUCAUCACGUGCUUCUUCUGCUGCAGCGGACGAGCACGUCCACAUAGGAAUGACAUGGAUCGUCGACGAGAUCGUCAUCUAUCACAUGGGAUUAACAGAGUCAUGAUUGAUUCAUCAACUAUUUCGAAUAUUUCUUGUGCCACCAUCACCAGUCGCCGAAAAUCAUAUUUUGGUGUUGGUGCUCAAACUAUAAAAAGUGAUGAUAACAUUUCAUUGAUGAAAAAGCCUUCAAGCUCUAGCUUAAAGCCUUCAUCAUGGCCAUCUUAUCCAUCCAGCACAUCAUCAAUAGUUGGAAAAAGAUUGUGCCAAAAAUGGAGAAACAAAUCAUCAUUAGACGACAUGAAUAUUCUUUCAUCUACUACUACUACUACUUCAAAUAGUUUGCCAAAGUUAAAACGAACAAACUAUGUAACAUCAACAAAUCGUCGUUUAGCAGCAUAUUUUUAUAUUUAUUUAUCUAUGUUAAUAACUUCAUCUAUGGCUGAACAGUCGUCAAGACUUGUUCACCAUCUUCAACAUCAUCGUCAGCCAGCACAUGCUCAAUCAUGUACUGUCGAGAAUAGUAUUUGUUCUGAAAAUGCUGCAACAGUCUGUCGAAACGGAACAUGCGUCUCAGCUUGCUCGUUAGGAGGAAUGAAAGAAUGUCAAUGUGAUGUGGAAGAAGAUAACUAUUGCUACCUGUGCUGUGGAAACGCAAAUCAUCAAUGCUUUCCAGCUCAUCAUCAUAACAUUUUGAGACCGAACGGUGAGCGAUGGGAACGUGAAGCCUGCUCCAGAUGUCGUAUGCAUGGAGAAGAGUUAGAAGGAUUACCUUGUGAUGACACAGAUUCAGCUCGUUUAUGUAUAAAUGGGAAAUGCUCAAACUCCGUCUGUCAUACUAAGCAAGCGGGAUCAUAUUGUGAUAGAAAAUUGGAAAAGUUAUGUGUAGACAAUACAUGUGAAAAUCCCUGUGCUCGAUUUGCCUCUCAUUUGAUGGUUUGUGAUUGUGCGGCUAUUGAUCAGGACACCGGAUUUGCGUCAGAAGAUCGAUGCCAAUUAUGCUGUUAUGAUUUUAAUUUGAAGCCUGCAAACCGUCGUUGCCAAAAUGCAUACCGUAAAUAUAAAAUCAUGGAUCAAUUUCAAAAACCUAUUUUCCGUGUUGGAAUAGAAUGUGCCGGAGGCAAAACGUGUAAUAAGUACGGUGUCUGCUCAGCCACAUCUAUUAAUCCAUUUUUUAUUGGCUUCUCAUUAUUAUUUAUAUAUUUAAUGUAA